AGAAACUUGACUAAUUCCAUCAUGCAUAAUAUUUUGGUGGUAAAUUGUGCGGUCAACAUUUUUCUCGCCCUAACAUCAAUAGCCGGGAACACGCUGGUGUUGCAUGGAAUAUGGAAAACACCAAGCCUUCGUUCACCUUCGAUAUUGUUACUAUGUUUUCUAGCAUUUUCCGAUCUCAGUGUUGGUGCGAUCGUACAACCUCUCUUUGUCGCAAAGGAUUUCAUAACCUUGUAUUCUGAGUCCCAGGUACUCAAAGAUAUCUUUUGGGAUGUUUACAAUGUAUUUGGUUUUUGUAUAUGUGGUAUAUCUCUUUGUACGGUUACAGCUAUUAGUGUGGACAGGCUCAUUGCCUUACAGAAGCCUCUUCAGUAUCCGAGUAUUGUUACAAAUUCUCGUGUGGCAUGCACACUUGGGACGAUUUGGGCAGUUUGUGUUCUCCUAGCAAGCUCCGAAGUUUGGGCGGAAAGAUUCCUUUUGAUAGCAAUGGGAACUGUGAUAAGCAUUUGCAUAUUUGUCUCUACUAUUUCCAACCUGAUAAUAUACGGAAAGGUUCGCCAUCACCAACAUGUGAUUCAAAUCCAGAUGCAAGCGGUGGAAACCAAUAACAAAUUCAUCACCAAUUCACACGUGGCGGGGCUGAAAAGAUCUGCAAUGAACUCUUUUAUAUUAUUUCUCGUUCUUAUCAUCUGUUAUUGUCCAUAUUUUGUUAUUUAUUUGGUUUCUUCGUUUUAUUCUUCUCUUGCUACGUCUCUAACUUCAACGAUUGUGUUCAUUAACUCAGCAGUUAAUCCUUUCCUUUACUGCUGGCGAUUGCACGAGAUUCGCAAUGUCGUAAAAAAUACUUAUCGCAAACUCGUUUGCUGUAAAUUAAUAUAG